GCCCUGCGCCCUCCAUCUGGGUGGGUGAGCCAGCGAGGGCAACUGCGGGCCGCGGUGCGCUGUGGGAUACUGGCGGUAUAUAGUCUAUCCUCCGUGCGGCGUUAGCGAAGGGGGCCAGGCGGGAGCGGGGUAUGAAGAUGGCGGACGCCAAGCAGAAGCGGAAUGAGCAGCUGAAGCGCUGGAUCGGCUCCGAGACCGACCUGGAGCCGCCCGUAGUCAAGCGUAAAAAGACCAAGGUGAAGUUCGACGACGGCGCCGUCUUUCUGGCCGCCUGCUCCAGCGGGGACACCGAGGAGGUGCUGCGGCUGCUGGAGCGGGGCGCCGACAUCAACUACGCCAAUGUGGACGGGCUCACCGCGCUCCACCAGGCUUGUAUAGAUGAUAACGUAGAUAUGGUGAAAUUUCUGGUGGAAAAUGGAGCAAAUAUUAAUCAACCAGAUAAUGAAGGCUGGAUACCUCUACAUGCAGCUGCUUCCUGUGGAUAUCUUGAUAUAGCAGAGUAUUUAAUUAGUCAAGGAGCACAUGUAGGAGCUGUAAAUAGUGAAGGAGACACUCCAUUAGAUAUUGCUGAAGAAGAGGCAAUGGAAGAGCUGCUUCAGAAUGAAGUAAAUAGACAAGGUGUUGAUAUCGAGGCAGCUCGGAAAGAGGAAGAAAGAAUAAUGCUGAGAGAUGCCAGGCAGUGGCUCAACAGUGGCCAUAUAAAUGAUGUCAGGCAUGCAAAAUCUGGUGGAACAGCACUUCAUGUGGCUGCUGCUAAGGGCUAUACAGAAGUCUUAAAGCUUUUAAUACAGGCUCACUAUGAUGUAAAUAUUAAAGAUUAUGAUGGCUGGACACCACUUCAUGCUGCUGCUCACUGGGGUAAAGAAGAAGCAUGUCGCAUUUUAGUGGAAAACCUCUGUGAUAUGGAGGCUGUCAACAAAGUGGGGCAGACAGCAUUUGAUGUGGCAGAUGAAGAUAUUCUAGGAUAUUUAGAAGAAUUACAAAAGAAGCAGAAUCUGCUUCAUAGUGAAAAAAGGGAAAAGAAAUCUCCCCUAAUUGAAUCCACAGCCAACAUGGAUAAUAAUCAGACACAGAAAACAUUCAAAAAUAAAGAGACACUGAUUAUGGAGCAAGAAAAGAAUGCAUCUAGUAUAGAGUCUCUGGAGCAAGAAAAAGCAGAUGAAGAGGAAGAAGGAAAGAAGGAUGAAUCCAGCUGUUCUAGUGAGGAGGAAGAGGAUGAUGACUCAGAAUCCGAAGCAGAGACAGAUAAAACCAAAACCUUGGCAGCUGUUACUAAUAAUGGCAAUACCACAAGUACACAAUCAGCAUCAGUAGCUGUGACAGCACCUUCUGUAGCUGGUGGCCAAGGAGCACCUACAUCACCUGUUAAGAAGUAUGAUUUCAUUCCUCCUGUCAUGCCUGUCGUGGAGUCAGUAGAUCCUGCAUCGUGGAGGCAGGGCUUGCGCAAAACUGGCAUUGUUCUUGUGCCCAAUAAGGGUGAAAAGUCUAUGUUUCCGACACCUACAACAAAGGUUUCUCCCAAAGAAGAAGAGAGAAAAGAUGAAUCUCCUGCUUCAUGGAGGUUAGGUCUUAGAAAAACUGGUAGUUAUGGUGCACUUGCUGAGAUUACUGCUUCCAAAGAAGCUCAGAAAGAAAAGGACUCUGCAGGUGUUAUGCGUUCUGCUUCAAGUCCCAGACUUUCCUCUUCGUUGGACAACAAAGAAAAGGAGAAAGAUGGAAAAGGAACUCGACUUGCAUAUGUUGCACCUACAAUACCAAGACAACUGGGCAGUACUUCUGACAUUGAUGAAAAAGAAAACAGGGACUUGUCUGCUAGCUCAAUACGAGGUGGCAGUUCCUACACCAGGAGAAAAUGGGAUGAAGAUGUCAAGAAAAACAGUUUGAAUGAAGGCCCUACGUCAUUAAAUACAAGUUAUCAAAGAAGUGGCUCCUUUGGUAGAAGACAAGAUGAUUUGAUUAGUUCUAAUGUUCCAAGUACUGCAUCAACAGUUACCUCUUCUGCUGGUCUUCAGAAAACACUGCCAGCCAGCACAAACACUACUACAAAGAGUACAACGGGUUCUACUUCAGCAGGUGUACAAAGCAGUACCUCAAAUCGUUUGUGGGCUGAGGAUAGUACUGAGAAAGAAAAAGACAGUGUUCCUACAACAGUGACGGUUCCUGUUGCACCAUCUGUUAUAAAUGCUACAGCCACUACCACAGCCAUGACUACAGCUACUUCUGGCACUGUGUCCUCAACGUCAGAGGUCAGGGAGAGACGGAGAUCAUACCUCACUCCAGUACGUGAUGAAGAGUCAGAGUCCCAAAGAAAAGCUAGAUCCAGGCAAGCAAGACAGUCUAGAAGAUCUACGCAGGGUGUAACACUGACAGAUCUUCAGGAAGCUGAAAAAACUAUAGGAAGAAGUCGUCCCACGCGAACCAGAGAGCAGGAAAAUGAAGAAAAAGAAAAAGAAGAGAAAGAAAAGCAAGACAAAGAGAAACAAGAAGAAAAGAAAGAAUCUGAAACUAAAGAUGAUGAUUAUAGACAAAGAUAUUCCCGAACUGCUGAAGAGCCUUAUCAUCGCUAUAGACCAACUUCAACUUCUUCAUCAUCCACCUCCUCGCUCUCCACCUCCAGUAGCUCUCUUUCAGCUUCAAGUCAACUAAACAGACCAAACAGCCUUAUAGGUAUAACUUCUGCCUAUUCUCGGAGUGGAACAAAGGAAAGUGAGAGAGAAGGGGGCAAAAAAGAGGAAGAAAAGGAAGAGGAUAAGUCACAGCCUAAGUCUAUAAGGGAAAGGCGGCGACCAAGAGAAAAACGACGAUGUACAGGAGUUUCUUUUUGGACACAAGAUAGUGAUGAAAAUGAUCAGGAGCAUCAGUCUGAUUCAGAAGAAGGAACAAAUAAGAAAGAAACUCAGAGUGAUAGCCUUUCCAGAUACGAUACAGGGUGCCUCAGCACAUCUUCAGGUGAUCGCUAUGAGUCAGCGCAGGGGCGGUCAGCAUCGCAGAGCUACCUUGAAGAUCGAAAACCAUACUGCAGUAGGCUAGAAAAAGAAGAUAGCACUGAUUUUAAGAAGCUUUAUGAGCAGAUUCUAGCUGAAAAUGAAAAACUGAAAGCACAGUUACAUGAUACCAACAUGGAACUCACAGAUCUUAAGCUACAGUUGGAGAAGACAACUCAGAGACAAGAAAGAUUUGCUGACAGAUCACUCUUGGAAAUGGAGAAAAGGGAAAGAAGAGCUCUAGAAAGAAGGAUAUCUGAAAUGGAGGAGGAACUGAAAAUGCUACCAGACCUGAAGGCAGACAACCAGAGGCUAAAAGAUGAAAAUGGGGCCUUGAUCAGAGUUAUAAGCAAACUUUCCAAAUAAAGGCUUUACUGCAGCAGCAAAUAACAGCAUUGCACAUCACUGGUAACUCCAGUGGACCAUAGUAUGGCAGUCACUGGAAGUGUGGGAAGAUCGCUUGGAGACUGUCAUUUUCAGAUAUCCUGCCAAACGCCCUCUUACCUGUGUGUUUUUUUGUAUCAAGAUCAUUGUUUCUGUUAAAAUGCAGCUGCUGAGAAGAUAAAACAACUGAGAAAUCUUGUUUACAGCUACAGCAUAAUAAGGAAAGUGUCCAAGGCCAGAUACGCCUCAGAUAUUUAACCAGUAAGCCUUAGUUGUACAUAAACACUUUUACAUCAACAAAAGCUUUCAGCUCUCACAGAAGACAGUUACUCAAUAAUGUUUUUUGUUGUGCCACAAUUCCCAGGUUUUUUCUAUACUCAGUUUUUCUUUAAAUCUUAAGUUUGGAUUUUUUUUUCCCUUCUAAUUAUUCAUGUACCAGAUUUUCUUGUACAGUGUUUUCACAGCUUUACCACUUGCAGAGACCACACACCCUUUUAAAUUACGUAUUUGUGUAGCUACCUAGAGUUGCAUUGUCCAACCACCUGGAACAGAGAUGUUUGGUGGAACAUUUGCUUUCACUGUUUGUGCAAUAUACAUUUAUUUCCUAUACAAAAUGCUUUAAAAGUCAGUUGAAACUAGAAAUAUUUUAAGAGUCCUGUUUUAUGCCUUUAUUGGUCACUUUAAAAAAAAAAAAAAGUUUUUAGUGAAAGAUGUUAGAUCCUGUAAUCAUCACAUUCAUUUGAGCAGGUACUGAGUGAUGCUGUAUAUAUAAAUGUGUACUGGUUUGAUUUUUCAGACCACCACAUGGCAUGCUUGAAUAUAUUUCCGUAUUGCAAAUGUCUGUUAAUGCAAAUUAGGCUAUUCCAGAAUAGUGUGUUUAACAAAGUUCAUUAAUUUUUAUGGUAUAAAGAAUUUAGACAUUGUACAUUGUAUGGAGCCCUAUCUUUACAAGAGGUCUAAACUAUAUAAAAUACUUUAUCUUUUCCUCCCGUUUUUGGUUUUGUUUUUUUUCAUUUGGUAGUGUUCACCAUAAUAAAAAUUUGCAUAAAUAUAACUGCUUCACUACAUUUCACAUACCUGUAUUUAUCUGAGUGCUGUCCAAAACUGUUGUGCUAGCCAAAAUAAUGUACUAAAUCAUUUGAGAAACGUAACCCAUUACACUCACAUUAAUGUUUAUAUGCACUGUUGUUGCCAUGUGAGAAGGCAUCCAGUUUGAUAACACCAUCACAUCAGACCAUUUUAUACAUUUCAGUGGCCUUUAAAAACAAAAAAAGUACUUACGUGAAGAUCGCUUUUAUUAGAAACAGCUUUUAUAUUUUCACUAAACCAUUCAAAUGACAACAUCCUAUUGGCACAUAGUUUAUUGCCUAAAACCACUGAACAGAUCAGCCAUCAAAACAAAUUGUACAUUGUAAAGCUUGUAGUAGCUAUUGUAUUAUUGAUUAUAUUGUAUACUAUAUUAAAUGUGAAUUUGUACCCCUUCAUUUAAAAAGGUCAUUGUGUUCUACUGCCUACUUGGGGUGGGGGGGGGAUUAGUUUUAUGGGGGUGGGAUAUGUUUUGGUAAGGAAGACAUGUGAUGUCCUCUCUUUGUUGAUUGGUUUUUUGAAGAUGUAAGGUUAUGCUCUUACUACCAAGCUCAGGAUUCUUGAUUUUAAAGGUACACAGAUAGUUUGAGAUAUCUUGUUGUAACUGAUCUGUAUGAGAGGUGGGUCUGAACCAUAGGGACUUCCAUUGUCUUAUGCUAACAUAAAAUAAAGAAUUGAAUGGCUGCAACAUACUAAGUUCUGUUACAAGACAGUUAGGCAUAUUCUGGAUUAUAUUUGGUAAAGUUUGGGUGCCUGUGAAUGAUUAAAUACGUGUUUCUAAUAUUUUAGUGUUUUAUAUUUAGGUUAUUUAUUCUUUAUAUCUAAAAAAUGAAUGGCUACUGUGCUAUAUUGAUUUUAUUGGUAGUACCAAGCAGACCUUGUAUCUGCAUGAAACUAGUUGCAAAACCCACUAUUUUGGAAAAAAAAAAUGUAUUUUGACAUAUACAAAUAAAAUGAAUACAAACUA